AUGGUAAACGUUCCUAAGACCCGCCGGACAUUCUGCAAGAAAUGUGGCAAGCACCAACCCCACAAAGUGACACAGUACAAGAAGGACCAAGAUUCUUUGUAUGCCCAGGGAAAGCGGUGUUAUGACAGGAAACAGAGUGGCUAUGGUGGGCAGACUAAGCCUAUUUUCCGCAAAAAGGCGAAAACUACAAAGAGGAUUGCAACAGUUUGCAGUGUAAGCAGUCCAAGCCAGUGUGGGGAAGAUGAAUUCCAAUCUGAUACCUUCUGCUGCCAAUUAUGUCCCGCUGGCACCUACAUCCUUAAGCCAUGCCAGAGGGACCAUGGUAAGAGCGAAUGCAUCCCAUGUGAAGCUGGAUCCUUCAUGAAGCACAAUAACAGUGAGAGUAACUGCUUUCAAUGCUCUCAGUGCCGGGAUGACCAAGAGGAGGUAGCCGAAUGUUCCCAGACGGCUGAUCGCGAGUGCCAGUGUAAGCAGGGAACCUACUGUAACUCUGAAAAUUGUGUGGAGAAGUGCCUUCCGUGCAGCAGAUGUCCGAAUGGCAGAGUCAUCAGGCAAUGCAACGCCACAAUGAACACACUGUGUGACACGUUGGAUUCAGAGUCAGGAAUGCCAAGCUGUCAUUGUCUCUGCCUGUCUGGAGCUGAGAAAGCUGUGAUUAUCACAGCUGCUGUCAUGGUGAUCAUAGGUGCUGUCAUCAAGAUCAUAGAUCUUUUCAUCACCGCCAGAUUUUAUAAAAGAGGUGAGUGA